AUGGAUCUAACAAUACCAGAUCGCAAAGUGAUCGCGUUCGAGCUAGUCGGCGACGGCCAGUGGAAGAAACUCGGAUUUGGAUAUGCGAUCGUCAAGGCCAAUUGGGCUCAAGACGAAGGUGUCCUACAAUUUGUGAACCUUGAACAUGAACUAAUAUGGGAAUUCAUAAUUCACGGAGAUGUCUCGUACAAGAAAGAAGACGCUAUGAUCAUGUCCUGGACGGAACCAGACGGUAGAGACAUAGCAUUGAGUUUCGAGACUGCGCGCGAAUGUGGAGAAUAUUGGGCCUUCAUCAACGACAUUCAGGCUCGGCUGUUAGAACCCAGUUUAGGCUGGCUUCCACCUCCAAAACGCGAAAAUCUUCCUCAAAUUUACGAAAACCUAUUAAAACUCACAGCUCUAGAUCGGCCUCGUAUUCUACGUAUGCUAAAGAUUGGGUAUAUAGAGAACAUUCUACAAAUGUUCCCGAAGAUAGAGAAAGAAGGAUCGGUGAAUGAAAUGCAAACUUUGUGUGGUAUUAUAAAAAAAAUAAUAACGGCAUUUCAGGAUACUGAAAUUGUUGAGAAGUUGAUGAGCGAAGAAUUCAUUGGACUAUUUGUUUCUUGCUUAGAGUACGACCCAGAGUCUCCGAUAUUACGUUCGAAUAUGCACAGGAAUGUGAUAAUUUCAAUGAAGCCUAUUGAGGUAGUCCCGGUGGAAAGCGAGACUCUCCGAUCCUUAACUUUACGUAAUCAACGUUCUCAGUAUAUCCGAGAUUCCGUCCUUGUCCGCACACCCAGUGACCCACUCGUCGCGAUUCUUGGGGCUUUGAUAAAUUCUGCCAAUGAUCAAAUAUUAUUUGAAUUAUUGCAAGAGCACAAGUUUUUCGAAGAAUUGUUCAAAUGUUUUGAACCAAGUGUUGAUGAAAAAAAAGAAAGAAUAUGCGCAAUGAUUCGCCACCAUAAUCUACACAUGGUCUUUAGACAUGUUCUCGCCCAUUCCUCGCCCCAAAUUCGGCUUAUGGGUCUUGAAAUAAUUGAACUAUUUUGUAAAUUAGAACCGACGAUUGCCCGGUCAGCCUGUCUCAUGGAACGCGCGAUCGAUAAGGAACUCAAACCUUACUCGCUCAGCUCACUCGAACUGGUCAUAGAACGAUUAACGAAGGAUCAUGGAGAUCUGUUGGUCGGGGGGAAGGCGUGCGAAGUAUUAAAAUAUUUGGUUGACUUUAAAUUUUUGAAUCAAAAACGAGAUGGAAUGGAUCUGCCUGAAAUAGAUGACGACGAACGCCCUAUUUUAAUUUAUAAUAACUUUGUGAAUUAUUUUUAUAAGUGUCUAUUGGGAAAAGUUAUCAGCCCAAUAAAAAGAAUAGCGAGCAAAAAUGACAUGGCAAAGAUGUCAAAUGACGAGAUGCGUUCAUGUACAUUCAUAUGCGAUCUGAUGACAUUUUUAGUAGCAGUCCAUACUGAGAGAACCAAGGAAUACUUGGCGAAUACAGAUAUUGGCAAUAAGAUUAUUUUAUUAUUGGAAGGUGGAUCUACGCCGCUUCGAGUUGCCGCUCUUCGCUUUGUACGGAAAUGUCUCAGUACCAGAGACUCAACAUAUUUGCAGUAUUUCGUUCAAAACAAGCUCAUCCCUCGCAUAGUCUCUGUUCUUCUCAUGCCAGAACAUAGCUGCAACGCUCUAAACUCGGCCUGUCAGGAAUUGAUUACGUUUAUUUGCAAGAUGCGCCUUGAUGAAUUUUUAGAUUCUACAUGGCAAACUUGUGCAGAUCAACUGAGAGAAGCUGGUUUCGAAAGGACGAGUGAGAUGAUGGAUAUGAUGUACAAAUCACAUAAUUCUGAAUCCAUACACAUGUCAAAUGAUAGUGACGAUCAGCAAACUCCUCAGCAGGCACGUCCGGGCGCGUGGGUGUCAACCACUGUGGAUAGAGACGAAGAGGCAUAUUUCUUUAACGAUUCUGAUGAUGAUAGCGAAGAGGAAAGUGAACCUGUGAGGAAGAAAUUAGCAAGGAGGUUAGAAGAUGAGGAUGAUUAUGGUGAAUAA